GCCCCGCGCCCGCCUCCGCGCGGCCGCUGUCCCUCUCGCCGGCGGACGCGCGCGCGCGGGGCGUUGGCGGGCGGCGGCUGGCGCGGGGCGCGGCACCAUUUUCUCGCGCCGCCCCUGCCAUUUCGCGGCCGGUCGGCCGGCCGCCGUGGCCCGCGACGCGGCCAGGCCCCACGAGCCGCUGCAGCCCCGGCGAUGGCCUUUCUAGCUUACUAAAAGCUGGAUGUGUUGCAUCUGCAUGGUACUUUUGGAAAAACUUUGGCCAUGAAAUAAUUGAUUUAAAGCAUGGCCACUCUCUUCAGCUCUUUUUGGCUGCGUGAAUACCUAAUCUACCUGGAGGUCAACUGCUCCGUGUUAAAGCGUCUCCAAUGAAGCCCAGUUAGGUUGCGGUUCCUGUGCAUGGGGAUAUGAUGGAGCUCCUGGAGGAAGAUCUCACCUGUCCCAUUUGCUGUAGCCUGUUUGAUGAUCCUCGUGUCCUGCCCUGUUCACACAAUUUCUGCAGGAAGUGUCUGGAAGGAAUACUCGAGGGAAAUGUGCGGAAUGUGCUUUGGAGACCAUCCCCUUUCAAGUGCCCCACAUGCAGGAAGGAAACUCCUGUUACUGGAGUCAACAGCUUACAAGUCAAUUAUUCUCUUAAAGGUAUUGUGGAGAAGUAUAACAAAAUCAAAGUAACUCCUAAAAUGCCUGUGUGCAAAGUGCACAGUGGGCAACCCCUUAACAUUUUUUGCCGGACAGACAUGCAGCUGAUCUGUGGGGUGUGUGCCACCCGUGGUGACCAUACGAAGCAUGUGUUUUGUUCUAUUGAAGAGGCCUAUUCCCAGGAGAAGCGUGCGUUUGAAACGCUGUUCCAGGGCUUUGAAACUUGGCGUUGCGGAGAUGCGCUCUCUCGGUUGGAUACCUUAGAAACCAGUAAGAGGAAAGCUCUGCAGAUGCUGACCAAAGAUUCUGACAAGGUGAAAGAGUUCUUUGAGAAGCUGCAACACACACUGGAGCAGAAACGCAAUGAGAUUCUCUCUGACUUUGAGACCAUGAAGCUUGCAGUGAUGCAGGCCUACGACCCGGAAAUCAAUAAACUGAACACAAUCCUGCAAGAGCAACGAAUGGCUUUUAACAUCGCAGAGGCCUUCAAAGAUGUAUCUGAACCCAUUAUAUUUCUGCAACAGAUGCAGGAAUUCAGGGAAAAAAUCAAGGUGCUUAAAGAAACUCCUUUACCUUGUUCCAAUGUAGACAUCAGCCCUACAAUGAAGAACUUUGAUACCAGCCAGUGGAAUGGAAUAAAACUAGUUGAUGUGGACAAGCUUUCCUUGCCUCAGGAAAACAACACUUUUAAACUCAAGAUUCCCUCAGUCUUUUCAUCCAGAUUUAUAGUGACCUCUCUUAUUUGCUUGCUUAUCCUUGCUGUCACCAGAAUGUCCUUUGUGGAGUCUGUUGUUGACAAUCUCCAGUGCUGGAAAUCUCAGUUCUUUACAAUUAGCUUGUCCUAUUUGGCAGAUACAGUGGAAAUAGCAGAUCAUGCAGUCUUUUACUGGGAACAGAUGACAGAUGGAGCUUUACUUUUAAGAGAAAAGUGUAAAAACUAUACGUUAGUGGUACUGGAUAAUGUUGCACAGUUUGUGUGCAAAUAUAAAUUGUUGUGAAGUCCCUACUGAAAUGUAAGAAGUAACAGAGAUCUGGUGAAGAAACCAUAAAACUCUGUAAAAUUAGUUUUGGGUUUUUUUUUAAAAGAUUUCCAAUGAAAACAUUUUAGAGAUUCAAAACGUUUCCAAAAUAUUCCUACUGUUCACAUAGUUUGAACAUUGAUAAAUUGGAAGGUGAAAUUGAGCUUUGAAAAACAUACUGUUUCUGAAUUUUUAUUUCAGUGGUGAUUAGGGGAACAUUAUUCAUUGUAAAUCAUUUUACUUACCAAAAUACAGGGCAGAACUGUGUACUUAGUUUAAUGUAACAUAAUUGUAGAAUAAGAUAUUGUAUACCCUUUGAUAAAAAGUGUUGCUCCCUAAAAAGCA